AUGUUCACCACUCGCGCUCUCCGCCAGGCUGCCGCUCACGCCGAGCGUCAGCCCAUGAUCAAGUUCAUCGGCCCUCGCUCCAUUCCUUCGUCCAUUGACCACUCUCCCAAGCCUCACCCUGCCUCGCCCUCUGGCAAGCUCCCCGACGGCUUCGCUGCUGACGGCUCCUCCCGCCACACCAGCUUCAGUUCCUACCGCGACCACGCUCAGCAGCACGGCCCCCUCCAGAAGACGAUUCGCUCCGGCGAGGCUGGCAUCGGCGGCAUGUCUGGCAGCGACCUCGGCUCCGUCGAGGCCCCCAAGGGCGUCUUCUUCGACAUUUCUGAGCUCCCUGCUCGCUUCCGCCGCCAGCCUAUCAACCUCGCUGAGAUUGAGGCUGUCGAGUCCGGCGGCGCCGCUCUCCUGGGCUAA